AUGUUCCAGGACGAGAUUCAUCUCGACUUGCCAACACCUAUACAGAGACGCGAAAUAUUGAAAAUAUUGACUAAUGGCCUUGUGACGGUUCCCAAUAUCAACUUGGACGACAUCUCAGACAAAUGCCAUGGCUACAUUGCUGCAGACUUGGCAGCACUUUGUCGUAUAGCAAUUGAGCGCGCUAAUAUUAAAAGCAUCCAUGAAACAGGGAGACCAAACGCAUAUCCUAUCACUUACGAAGACUUUGCUGAAAGUAUGAAAGAUAUUAAGAUUAGCGCAUUACGUGAAAAGAAUGAUGUAAAGAAAAUCGACCCGGUUCGAUGGAGCGAUAUUGGUGGUCUAGAUGAUGUAAAGCAAAUUCUAGACGAGUCUGUUGUGUGGACGUAUAAACAUGCAGAUGCUUUUCGACGAUUGGGGAUUCAGCCAUCAAAAGGUGUCUUAUUAUUUGGGCCUCCGGGAACCGGCAAAACUCUUUUAGCAAAAGCAGUUGCAACCGAGACAUUUGCCAACUUUUUACCAGUGUCGAUACCUGAUUUAAUCAAAGGCGAGGUUGGUGAGUCAGAAAAAGCUAUAGCUAAUGCGUUCAGAGUAGCUGCUCGAUCGAGCCCAUGUGUGAUUUUUUUAGAUGAGUUGGAAACUGUAUUUGGUUUGCGUGAUGAGAGCGGUACGCUAGGUAAAAAGAUGAUAUCUCAAUUAUUUCUCGAGCUGGAUGCUUUAAACGCCAGACAACUUCCCGUCAUAAUCCUUGCUGCAACCAACAAUCCAGAAAUGAUUGACAGAACCAUAUUACGACCGGGACGGCUUGACCGAAUAGUGUACGUUCGACCGCCGCUAUAUGAAGAACGGUUGCAUAUAUUACAGCUAUUAAGCGUGAGGACACGAUUCUCUAAUGAAAUAGACUUUGAUGAUAUUGCUCGAAAGACAGAAAACUACACAGGCGCAGAUUUGAAAGCUCUUACUCAAAGGGCAGGUUUACUAGCAUUAAAGAGGUGUAAAGAGGGAGCAAGUGCUGAAGUAAGUAUAUUAGUUUCGAGGAUAUAA